AUGACAGUGAAAGCACCCUAUGAUCACUUAGGUGGGCAAUACACCUUCGAGUUUGACGUCGAUGAUGAUUUGGGGAGAUCGGAGCUGUGCUGUUAUGAUAACGACCAAAGGAGGAUCUUCUUCGCUGACAAGUGUUACCUGCCAUCGAAAACGCCAAGUGCCCUCAGGUCGCUGAGAAAGAAAGAUUUGGAGUUCAUUCGAGGCGAUGGCCAAGGAGAGCGUAAAGAUUUCGAGAGGAUUUACGAUUAUGAUGUAUACAACGACCUUGGAGAUCCCGACAAUAAGAGCUCAGAUCUUGCACGGCCGGUGCUCGGUGGCAAGAAAUUUCCUUACCCUAGGCGCUGCCGUACUGGUCGGAAAAUGUCCUCUAAAGAUCCGCUGACGGAGACAAGAUCUUCAGACCCGUUUUAUGUACCAAUCGAUGAAGAUUUUUCAGAGAUAAAGUCGGUAUCAUUUGGAGCGAGGACUUUGUAUAACUUGCUCAUUGGUGUUAUACCCCGUCUAGGCACCGCUUUUACAGGAAAAGACGAAGACUUUCGUUUAUUCCAGGAUAUAGAGUCGCUUUUUGACGAAGGAGUUGUUAUUAAUGGUACUGAUAAACAUGUUGCAAGUGUUUUGCCUAGAAUUAUCCAUGAGGUUGUUGACACCGUGGAUGACCUUAUCAAGUUUGAUCCACCUGAAACUAUCCAGAGGGACACGUUCUUUUGGCUCCGUGAUGAUGAAUUCAGUCGACAAAUGCUUGCUGGUGUCAAUCCUUGCAGCAUACAGUUGGUUACGGAAUGGCCAUUGAUGAGUAAAUUGGACCCUAAAGUUUACGGGCCACCUGAAUCAGCAAUCACCAAGGAGAUUGUUGAGCGAGUGAUUGGAGGUUUCAUGACUUUCGAGGAGGCUUUGGAACAAAAGAAAUUGUUCGUGUUGGAUUACCAUGAUCUACUAUUGCCAUACGUAAAUAGAACAAGAGAUAUUGAUGGGAUAACUCUAUAUGGUUCAAGGACUUUAAUGUUCCUUACUCCUGCUGGAACGUUGACCCCAGUUGCCAUAGAGUUGACUCGACCGUCUUCAGAAUGGCAACCACAGUGGAAGCAUGUGUACACACCUUCUUUGGGUGCCACUGGUUCUUGGCUAUGGAAGAUAGCUAAAGCUCAUGUCCUUUCUCAUGAUUCCGGUAUUCACCAGCUUGUUAGCCAUUGGCUAAGAACUCACUGUGCAACUGAGCCUUACAUCAUUGCCUCCCACCGUAAUCUUAGCACAAUGCAUCCUAUUGCACGACUACUCCACCCUCAUUUUCGUUACACCCUGAAGAUCAACGCCCUAGCUCGACAAUCUCUCAUUAAUGCCGGUGGUGUUAUAGAGUCGACAUUCUCUCCUGGAAAAUAUUGUAUGCAACUUUCCUCUGACGUCUAUGAUCAGUUGUGGCGUUUUGAUCACGAGGCACUUCCAGCUGACUUGAUAAGCAGGGGUAUGGCUGUUAAAGAUCCUACUGAACCACAUGGUUUGAAACUAACAAUCGAGGACUAUCCAUUUGCAAACGACGGUCUACUCCUUUGGGAUGCCAUCAAACAGUGGGUUACGUCUUUUGUCAACAACUACUACCCACAAGCAAGUCUCGUAGCAUCUGAUGAAGAGCUUCAAGCAUGGUGGCAUGAGAUUCGAACAGUUGGGCAUGGCGAUAAGAAAGAUGAACCAUGGUGGCCACAACUCAAAACCCAUGAUGAUUUGAUUGGAAUCGUGUCAACUAUCAUAUGGGUUACUUCUGGCCAACAUUCAGCUGUGAACUUCGGACAAUACGAGUAUGCUGGUUAUUUCCCUAACCGGCCAACCAUCGCUAGAACCAAGAUGCCUAACGAUGACCCAACAGAUAAAGACUGGCAGAUAUUCCUAGACCGGCCUGAGGCUGCGUUGUUGAAAUGCUUCCCUUCCAAAUCGCAAGCUACCACAGUCAUGGCAGUUCUAAACGUUUUAUCGACUCAUGCCACUGAUGAGGAGUACAUCGGUAAAACUGCAGAGGGUCCAUUUGAGGCGGAGCCAGCUAUAAAGGUCGCAUAUGAAGAGUUUCGUGAAAGGAUUAAUGAGAUGGAACGCACCAUAGAGAAAAAUAAUGCCAAUCGCAAUUUAAGAAACCGAAGUGGUGCAGGGUUGGUUCCAUACAAGCUUCUCAAGCCUUCUUCGGCACCUGGUCCUACCGGAGAAGGUGUUCCAAACAGCAUCUCCAUCUAGUUCACUCAUUUCAUGCAAUAAAGCUUUUCGAGAUGACCGAUGCUACAUUAAUAAGAUUACUAAGUAUGUUGUUGUGUUUGUUUGUCUUGUCCCUAGUGUUGUUGUUAACAACACGAGUAGUUGCAAUGUACGAAAUUUGAAAUAAAAGAAU